AUGCAUUUUUUCAGGUGUUUCGCGGACUUUGCUCGAGUCGGUGGGCCACAGCAGGUAUCACUGGCUGAUGAGUGUCUAAGCUAUGGAACAGUAAUCCACGAAUUGAUGCAUGUAGUUGGCUUCAUCCAUGAGCACCAGCGCAAUGAUCGCGAUUUUUUCGUCGAUAUUUUAUGGCAAAAUAUCAUACCAGGUUCCGCAGAAACCAUUAUUUCCCAUGAUAUCUGA